AUGGUCAAGCAGCCAAUCGCAUUCGAGCACUUCGAAGAAGCCUUACGUUCCAAGGAAGAGGGUGUCUGGUGCAAGGCAGAGGGUGUCUGGUGCAAGGCAGAGGUCAUGAGACUCUACGAGCAGUACAUCCUCAAUGCCUGGGAGGACAAAUCGUCCUUGGAUUGGCAAAUCUACCAACUCCUCUGGGACGACCUCCUACGCAACUGGGAGAACGAAAGAGUCCAAUUCAAAGGUCGGGAACUAAUUUUGCAAAUUGACCUUAAUUUCACAUACUUAUCCAAAUAA